AUGUCUCAGCAAAACAAAUCUACUUCCAGAAUAAAUACUAGUACUGAUGAUAAUCAUAAUGACAGCAGUAGCAAUAAUAUAAGAAAAAAUGAUACAUUUGAUUUAUUGGAUGUAACUGCUUCUUUAGGGUAUCAGACUCACCGCAGAAGCAGCCGAAAGGCGUGGUCCAAAGAAGAUGAUCAAGAAUUGAUAGCCUUAAUUAAUGAUGCUUUGAAACAAGUUGGUUAUAAAAACGGUAUUUUGGACAUCAAGUCUAUACAAGAAUCAUCAAAAAUUGUUAAAUUGUUACAAUGGGAUGUAAUAUGUUCCAAGUUUAGUAAUAAAUCGAGAAAUCCUAAGGAUCUGAAGAAACGUUGGACUGGUUCGUUAAAUCCAAACGUGAAAAAGGGAAGAUGGACAAAAGAGGAAGAUGAGUUGUUGUUGAAAUCAUACGAAAAACAUGGUGCACAUUGGAUGGCUGUUGCCAUGGAAAUCGAAGGUAGAACUGAGGAUCAAUGUGCUAAAAGAUAUGUCGAAGUCCUAGAUCCAUCUAGUAAAGAAAGAUUAAGAGAAUGGACUCAAGAAGAGGAUUUAUUAUUGAUUAGUAAAGUGAAGCAAUAUGGAACUAGAUGGAGAUGUAUCUGUAAAGAAAUGGAUUCUAGGCCAAGUUUAACAUGUCGAAACAGAUGGAGAAAGAUCAUUACGACAGUAAUUAGAGGACAAGCUCCUGAUGUUAUCGUUAAUGCUGUUUAUGAGAAUAAAGAUUUAGAUUUAAAAAAACUAAUACGUGAAAGCAACAAUAACAGUAAUGAUAGAACACCCAUAUACGAUGAAAAUAAUUUACAGAAAAUAAAGAUUGAAUCCAAUACAAGUAACAGAAAGAAACAAACAACAGACGUAAGACAAAUGUAUGAUUAUACUGCUGGUCUUUCAUCUACUACUACAAGUUUGAAAAAUACAGUAUUGUCCAAAAUUCCGUAUACAACAACGUCACCAUCCACUACUACCCCACCACUAUCACGACUGACCAAUUCGUUACCUCCCUUAUCACCACAUUCAAGAGUUUUGCAAAAUAACGCUAGAUCUGUAACCGAUCUAAGAAACCUUGCAUUAAAUGGCAUUACCUCCGCACCGCCACUAAAUACUUCAGAAGUGGAAUUGAAUACAGGUAUACAUUCCCAACUGUCUAAUAACUCCGCAUCACAUAAUAAAUUAGCAUAUAAUAACAACAGUAAUAACCACACAGGGGCUGAAUACUUGUCUACGAACAGAACCUCAGAUAUAAUAUCAAAUGUUGCUUCUACUAGUACCUCCAUUAAAGAUAAUAAAAAGUCAACAAAACCACUCUCAUAUGUGUCACAAACAGAAUGGAAAUUUGUCUUAAAGGAUGGGAAAGGGCUAUCUAUUUCAAAUGGUACUAUAGCCACAUCAGAGUUGGUUGAAGAUUUAAUACAGAAAGCCAAAAAAUACUCUCUUAAAAUUUCGCUACAUCAACAUAUCCAUCACCAUUAUGACACAAGCUCCUCCUAUUCUAAACAAAAUGACAUUCCAUUGCAUCCAGAUCGAUUACUAGCGCAUAAUCAGAAAAAUCAAGACGUGUCUGCAUCUUAUACAUCACCUUCUGCAUCUUCCACGAAUCUAUCUCAAGUACCAAAUUCUGUUUUUCAAGAUUUAAUCCAAAGACCAAAUUCUAAUUUUGCAAUUGAUACCACUUCUCCUCAAGUUAGUUUACUAUCAAACACAUAUAAUAAUAAAGAUAAUUCAGUACAAAUAGAUUAUAAAGAAAAUCUAACUGGAAUACCGAAUGCUGGUCCACUUUCACCACAGUUGGAUAAAAAUCUUACUUCUUCUUCAUUUAUUGGAAAUAACGUUGUCAAUGACAUGCCUUAUCAAUUGACCAAUCCUGUGCAUGAUAACCUAAAUACAAAUAUUACAUCAACAAUCAUUACUAAUGAUAAUGUUGACAUGAAUAAUGGUAGUAAUACCAACCUUACCAGCAAUAAAACCUUUUCCACAGAGAAUGAUAACGACACAAUAUAUUUCAGUUCUGGAUAUGAAGUUACUCCAACAUCUGUACAAACGCAACAGUUUCCCACAUCAAGUUCAGAUGCCUCCUCAUUUAGUCUGACAGUUGGUGGCAAUGUAGUUGUCAGUGAAAAUAUAACAAAUCGUAGUUCACAUUUCAAUUAUUUACCCCCCACUAUACGUCCUCGGUUAGAAUCCUCAGAUUCACAGAAUCGAUCUAGCCGUAAUGCAAGUUUGAGCACAUUAUUAAAUCCAAGCCCUAGGUCUAUUAAUGGCGGGUCUCAUAAGUCUUCAUCAUCACCAGGAUCAACAAGUUCAUCGUCACAACAAAAACGCAAAAAUAAGCGAUCUAGGAGAAAGAGUGGCAAGUCAUGGUUCAUCUCACAUAUUGGUAAAUCCAAAUACUGUGAGGAAUAG